CCGCCGCGUCCCGCCCGUCCCCGCCGCUGCCCGUCCCCGCCGGUGCCGCGCGCUCCCGGCGUGCCCCGCGCGCCGCCGUGCUCUAUAAAUAGCGGUACCGGCGGGCCCGGGCGGCGGCGGGGCCGGGUCGGUGCGGGGUCCCGGGGCCAGCCUUAAGUGUUUCUGUGCCUGGACCUCGGCAGCAUGUCGACAGAAAAGCUCAAGCAGCACAAAAUCAUCUUUGUGGUGGGUGGCCCUGGCUCGGGCAAAGGGACGCAGUGUGAGAAGAUCGUGCAGAAGUAUGGCUACACCCACCUGUCCACGGGGGACCUGCUGCGGGCAGAGGUCAGCUCGGGCUCCGAGCGGGGCAAGAAGCUGCAGGCCAUCAUGGAGAAGGGAGAGCUGGUGCCCCUGGACACGGUGCUGGACAUGCUGCGGGACGCCAUGGUGGCCAAAGCAGACGUGUCCAAGGGCUUCCUGAUCGACGGGUACCCCCGCGAGGUGAAGCAGGGAGAGGAGUUUGAAAAGAAGAUCGCGCCGCCCACGCUGCUGCUGUACGUGGAUGCGGGCAAGGACACAAUGGUGAAACGCCUGCUGAAGCGAGGAGAGACCAGCGGGAGGGUGGAUGACAAUGAGGAGACCAUCAAGAAGCGUCUGGAGACCUACUACAAGGCCACUGAGCCUGUCAUUGCCUUCUACAAGAGCAGAGGCAUCGUCCGCCAGCUCAACGCCGAGGGCUCUGUGGAGGAGGUUUUCCAGCAGGUCUGCACCCACCUGGACUGCCUGUAACCGAGCCCCGGCCCCAGUUCCCCCCAGUACACUCCAGCAGAGACAGCGGAAGCGGCUUUAUCCUGUUUUCGUGGACGGAGCCGUGCGGAGGAAAUUUCAAGGACAUUGUGUUUGGCUCUUUCCCGUCUCUCCCCAGUAAAGUUCACUUUAAUGAA